AUGCCAGAGGACCUGGUGGCAGAGAGUGAGGAAACACUACCUGCUGCAAAUGCAAGCUCAGAUGUUAUUCCCAUGCAUCUAGUAACUCAGGAAGCCAGUAUUUUGGACUCCAAAGCUGUUGAUGGUCAUACGCAAACUGAAGAGACUGCUCUGCUGAACAGCUGUGAGCAUCAAACACAAGAGCCUGUGGUUGAGUCAAAGACAUCAGGGAAACUGAGGCGAAUAUGUGCCUGUCCUCCACAAGGCAUAAUUGCCAGAAUCGUGACAAAUGUGGCAGCUAUGGUGCUGGUCUGGUCUGUGGCCUGGUCCAUUACAGGCCAAGAGUGCCUUCCUGGGGGGAACCUCUUCGGAAUUUUGUUCCUCUUCUUUUCUGCUGUAAUUGGUGGUAAAUUUAUGGGCAUCAUUAAACUUCCUGGUCUACCUCCAUUCCCUCCCCUUCUUGGAAUGCUGCUUGUUGGAUUUAUCCUCAGAAAUGUCCCACUGAUCAGUAACAUAGUCCGGAUCAAAGUGAAAUGGGCAGUUGCCCUGAAAAAUAUUGCCCUCUCCGUUAUCUUGGCUCGUGCUGGCCUUGGCCUUGACCCAAAGGCUCUGAAAAAACUGAAGGCUGUCUGCUUAAGAUUAAGCGUGGGGCCCUGCAUAGUGGAAGCAUGUGCGGCAGCUGUCUUGUCUCACUUUCUCAUGCACCUGCCUUGGCACUGGGGAUUUAUGUUAGGGUGAGCAGCUUUUUCCAGC